CUUCUAGAGAAAUCACUGGACGGUUCCUCGUAACCGCGUGCUUUUCCUUCAGAGGAGCCACCGCUCCACAAGCCAAAAUGAAGAAGGAGAAACAAAGUCGGUUCAUCCGGAUAAGGGGCUAACAAAUAAUUACGAGGAAGCCUAGGGUUUUAAAUAAAUGAGUUACAAAAUGGUGAAUUGAAGAGAGGAGGGAAUUCAAGAGAGGGAGGGCAGGUAUUUUCAAACGCUUCUUUUUAAACCCAUGGCACUGUAAGGACAGGGGCAGAAAGCUGGACGGCAAGGGGUUCGUCUCUGAAAUCGAGAAGGCAAAAAGACGUCGUAGAGGUUGCAUAGAGAGAGCUAGAUAAAGAACGGUUGGGAGGUGUCCUUGUAAAACCACAACAGGAACCCAACGUUCUGAAACCUGGCAAAACGGACUUAAACUCGGAACGCAAUUUCCGCGAGUGCAGUUUUCCCGCCGGAGGCUGCGUGUGCGGCAGCCUUCCUCCUGCGCAGGCGCAGUGCCACUUAGGAUGGAAGUUGUGGGUUUUCUGUGCUUGGCAGCGGCGAUCCUCGCAUGGGGCUUCCUCUGGGUUUGGGACUCCUGGGAAAGAAUGAAGAGUCAGGAGCCGGCUGGCGUCCCGGGAGAUGGAAGCAGGACCCUCCUGGUGAUCGCGCACCCCGACGAUGAAGCCAUGUUCUUUGCUCCCACUGUGCUAGGCUUGGCCCGCCUGAGGCACCGGCUGUCCUUGCUCUGCUUCUCCGCAGGAAAUUACUACAAUCAAGGGGAGGUGCGUAAGAAAGAACUUUUGCAGAGCUGUGAUGUUUUGGGGAUUCCAUCCUCCAGUAUAAUGAUUAUUGACAACAGGGACUUCCCAGAUGACCCAGAUGUGCAGUGGGACACAGAGCGUGUGGCCAGCAUCCUUCUCCAGCACAUAGAUGCGAACGGCAUCAACCUGGUGGUGACUUUCGAUGCAGGGGGAGUCAGUGGUCACUGCAAUCACGUUGCUCUGUAUGCGGCCGUGAGGACCCUGCACUCAGAAGGGAAGUUACCUAACGGGUGUUCUGUGCUCACGCUUCAGUCAGUGAAUGUGUUGCGCAAGUACAUCUCCCUUCUGGACCUGCCCUUUUCUCUGCUUCACACCCGGGAUGUCCUCUUCGUGCUCACCAGCAAAGAAGUGGCACGGGCCAAGAGAGCCAUGUCCUGCCACCGAAGCCAACUACUCUGGUUCCGCCGCCUCUACGUGCUCUUCUCUAGGUACAUGAGAAUCAACUCCCUGCACUUCCUCUGAAGCCUGGCGGAGUCUUCUGGUCCAAGGAACACGGGGAGAAGCAAAGACCGGGAAGCCUGAGCCGGCUGAGCAGCCUGAACCAAAGGAGAGCCCAGUGUGCACGGGAGGCCUUCCUUCCAGAGCUCUGCCGAUCCGCGCUGUGAGGCUCCAGCAAAGGGGCGGCCGUGUAGGCCAGUGGGUUGCCCCAACGUCCGCUUCUUCCUCCGCAGCAGGCCAAACCAAACCAACCCCAGGACAAUAAUCGCUUCCCUGCCAGGUUCUCAAGUGCUGGAAAACAGGCUCCAUAAUGGCACAAUGUAUGUCUGACACCUAGCACAGAGCCUGCUAUGAUUAUAAAUGCUCCUGAAAGUACUCUGAAAUCACUCCACAGGUGCCACGAUGCUGUAUUUUUAUGUUGUUUCCAAAGCUGGCUCACCACACACACACGAACAGUCUAGAUACUGAAUGAGUUCAACCAUGAUUCCUUUGAUUCACACUGUGGCCUCUGUAUCAGAUUUGAAUCCAGGGGAGACUUCUCUAUUUAACAUCACUAGUCGUUAAAUUGACUGGGGCUCCCAAAGUCUGACCACGAUGCCCAGCAUUUCCUACUGAGACUAUUAGGAUGUGGGCCCUGCACCGAAGGAGCUUACAAUCAAAUAUCUCAGCUCCCAGUCUUUUGAGGGAAGCAGGAAAUAGGAAGGGAAAUCUGGAAGUCAUGUGUGUGGGGUUUUUUUGUUUUUGUCUCUUUUUAACACUCAAAAAACUGAUGUCUUAAAAUUGUGCUACAGACAAAAGCAGUCUGAGGCAUCUGGCUUGGAAGCUACGCCCGUGGUCCAGCUAACAGCCCAGGGAAGUGGCCUGAGGCAGGCAAGCUCAGCGGUCAAGGGCACAGGCUUCACAUACUGGUAUGAGGCCAGAUUUACCAGCCACGUAGCCACGGACAAGGUGUUUAAACUUUCUCUGACUCAAUUCUCUCGUGUGCAAAACGGAGCACAAUCAUGGUACCAACCUGAGAGGAGAUGAAGCCUGGUGGGCGCCCAGUGAAGGGUCUGGCGCGCAGUCAGGGCUCAGGAAGGAUGAGCGGCUGGUGUUCUGAGAUCUACAGAAUACGCAGGCCUAACGCAGAGGGACUCGCAGAAGUUGAAGUCCUGACACAAAAGGCCCCUGGUAUGUGUUGUCCAGGGAGUAUCGUCUCUGCCCGUUGGAGGAAGGCCUGCAUUGCUGUAUCUAUAGCAACAGGUUAUUUUUUUUUUAAGAUUUUAUUUAUUUAUUCGACAGAGAGAGACACAGCAAGAGAGGGGAC